CAAUGAAUUUUCUUCGUGAGACAAAAGGCAGCAGGUUUUGGGAUGCGACGCAUGGAAUACCGUCUUUUUGUGUCAAGUCGCAACGGUGGGGGAUGCGUCCCUUCAUCAUCACGAUCCCACUGUCAAUUAUCCUCAUGGGGUUCAAUAUUCUUGUGUCGCCUCGGUAUCCAAUGUACUUGUACUCACUGGUGCCUGCAGAUGUGGAAAUCCUAUGGCUAAAGUUCGCUUGUUUCAUUAUCACGUGGAUGGAAGUAUAUUUCUUUGCACUGUGCGAAAACCAAAUUGAGAUUUUAUACACUGCAUUUGCAAAAAGUGUUUCAAGCUGUCUGAAGAUUUUAUAUAUGCCAGCGCAAAUUUGGCAUCCAUACAAUCCUAAAACCGCUCCUAGUUCACCUUGUUUGCAUCAUGUUUCUAAAAUAAAUUUGAAAACUACCAACCACCAGCACAAAGAUGAAGCCAAACCAUCUGUCACUUCUGUAGAUGUGUUGAACACAUUUGAGGAUUCGGUAGAAAAAUUUGAAAGAUUAAAUAGCCUUGUUAUUUUAUUCAAUAAAAUAUUCGCAUGGCCAAUGGUGGUAUUUAAGACAUUUACCAUGGUUAGGCUUUGCUGUUACGUUUAUGUCAUACUGAAGCAUCCCCAAGCACAAACUGCAUUUCCGGCUACUGUCGCAACACAAUUCCAGUUAUGUGUCGUUUUUCCUUACGCUGUGUUUGCUACGUGUUUCAAGUUUGGACUGUCGCUUACUGCUCUGGGCGAAGUUUACAGUCAUAGUGUAAAAUUUUUGCAUUGUUGGAAAAAGUUGCUAAUGCUUCUUAAUCAACAACCAAAUUGGAGAGAAAGGUUGUUGAAAAGCUGUUCUAGAUUUGGAUUUCAUUGUGGGAAUUUGUACACUAUUCGCCCCCAAACUAUUCUUACCUUUUACUCGGUUACGCUUACCUAUCUCAUAAUUUUACUGCAACUUUAACCAUUUUGCUUUCUCCUUCCAACUUUCCGGCCGUGCUAUCGUUUUGAAUGCGUAAUUUGCUUAUAAGUCACAUGUAAAUUAGUCAUGACAUGAAAUCAUAUAUAUGUACAUAUACGUAGGCGUAUGGCUUGAAAUUGCGUGUAUUGACUAAUUGUAAUUGAAAAGUGUUGUAACAGAAAGAUAACGUCGAAACGUUGGAUUGCAUGUAUUUACUAUGUAUAACGGUUAGAUAUUACUGUUACUAUCUGCCUGUGUCCAAAUCUAUCAAUAUCAAUCCCUUUGUUCCUAGUCUCCUAGACGUGAUUUUGACAAUGCACAAUAAUUUUAAUAAAAUAUUUAACAAUAGAACACAGUCAAACGCUGUCUGGAUUUACCUUUUAGUCAAUUUGAAUACUCUCAAUAAGUAUUAAUUAAUUGAUUAACUACUAAAUAUACCCUGGAAGUUUAGCUCCUUGUUCUUAUCUACAUAAAUAAUUCAUCCCAUACUUAAUAUGUCGCACUUAAGAACAACAUUACAAUCACAAUAUAAAUUUAUACGCUUCUUGAAUUUGCUUGGAGUUUGUCCAUUAAAACUAGUGCGGGUGUCAGUAGAAAUUGAAGAUAAAGAAAACGAAAAUUCAGAAGAGAUAAAGUUAGGUCCUAACCUGGGACCAACAAUUGAACUUUUUAAAGUUCAUUGCAAGAAAAUUGCUAAAACUCCAUUUUACUUUGUUUCAUUUCUUUUCUGUUGCGUUUUGUUAUUUUCAUUUGCCAAACUUAUCAAUAUUAUUAUUAGCGAUACUAAAAACAGGCCAAUGGUGGUGGUUAUCGCUUCAUUCUGCUGGUGCAUUUAUAUUCUUUCGUCCUGUGCAAUUUGUGUAGUCUACCUUGUUUCGAGUCGUAAAAUUUGUGAGUUACUGUGGCGAUGGCAAAUUCUUGAGGCACAAAUUUUGUCAGAGUUCCAGAAUAACAGCAUCAAUCAAUUAACUGGCCAUUCCCCCACUCCUCGACUUGCAUUCAUCCCAGGCAUUGACAGUAUCAAAGGAAUGGAUGACAAAUAUUCUGACAAUUUCGCAAAACUACAAUCAACAACCAUACGACUAUUUCUACUUUCGGCCUGCGGUACUAUUACCCUCAUGUUUUUUAAUGUUACAUUUUUCCCCCGUUUUCCAAUGUACAUUUACAGUCUUGUGCCAAGCGGUCAAGAUAUUUGCUGGGCGAAAGUAAUGUCAGGCGGGUUUAGCCUCCUUAUGGUCACACUUUUUGUUCUGUGCGAAGGACAAAUUGAAGUAUUUUUUAUUUCAUUUGCACAAAGCAUUUCAAAUUGUCUGCAAAUCUUAACCUAUCCAGCAGAACAAUGGAUUGGUUGUGAAUGCUUAACAUGUAAUGUCGCUGACAACCUUCACGACAUUAAUAGUGGCAGUUGCGCCAAGACCAGUUGCGCCAAAGGCUGGAAGGUGUUGGAAAAGUUGGAUAAAAGAUUGUCAUAUUAUCAUGAAUUGAGUAUUUUAGUCAAGUCAUUUAAUCGUAUUUUUUGCUGGCCAAUAUCAUUAUAUAAAGUUCUUACAAUGUUACGACUAUGCUGUUAUGUUUAUGUACUGCUGAAACAUGCCGAUUACAGCUUCUACGGACUAUUGAUCUUCCCUUACGCAGCACUCUCGCUAAUAAUUAAGUUUGGAAUUAUUCUCAUGACGUUGGGAAAUGUCCCGUUUAUGUCGAAACAGUUUCUUAAAUAUUGGAUUCGUGUUGUCGUGCAGUUGGAACGAAUUCCAUUUUCAGCGUUGGAAAGAAAGUUAGCCCGUGUAUCCAAGUUUGGUUUCAUGUGUGGUAACUUUUAUAUUAUUCGACCGCACACGGUUUUAACUUUCUUUUCUGUUACUUUGACUUAUGUUAUAAUUUUGUUGCAAUUGUAA